ACGCCUUCUUUCUUUUCUCCACCACGGCUCAUAUUAUCAGCGUCAGUCAUUGUCGUCUCUCAAUAGACUUGCGCUUGAUCUACCUGUUUCAAAUCAGCAAUAUAGAUCAAACCACCUGUUUUACUAUUAUUAAAAGACAAUGGACAGACUCUUCUCGGACCCAAGCCUCUUAGUAUGUCCGGACUUUAUGGGCGCAAGGUAUCAGGCUAUGCGCACCGCCAUGGUCUCACCUGCCGUCACAGAAGCUCAAGCAGCGGAGACCUUGCGCACCACUUGGGUGUUGACCAACGAAGACUUAUGUUUACAAUGGCAAGAACAACUAGCAGAAGACGAGCGUCUCAGUGCCGAACGCAAGCGUUUAGCCGAGGAAGAAGCCGAACGUGAACACAUGGAUAUUCAACUAGAAGAAAAAACUGCUCGCGCAGAGGAAAAGAAAAAGAACCGUUCAAAACAUUCUGCAAUCUUAAUGCGUCCUCGUCCUUUCAACAACGACAAAGAAGCCUUAGUAUCAGAAUUCGCACUGCGAAAGAUAGACAGUGGGAAGUAUGUCAAGCUCUACUACUGGACCAACGAUGGACUGGACGAUGCACUAAUCAAUUACCGCACUCGAGACGAUGACAGCAUGGUUCCUUCCAUUGGGGAAGACAGGUUCCACAGUAUGGGUCAGUGCAGCCACCUCGAAACCAGCAGUGGGUGUUAUAGCAGAUAGAGAUCUUUCCCCGGUGGAUUUUGCUCAAGCCAUUCCACGCAUAAUGGGAGCCAUUGAGGAGCGUGACUGGACCAAACAGCGUGUCCGGAUGCUCGCGCAAUUCUGGGGUGCUAUCAUGCUGCAUUGUUACUGGAACUCCCCCGACUUGCUAGCUAGACGAGCAAUCUUACUGUACCAAGAAGAACAGUGGCGAGCUUGGCAUAGCGCCAUUCUUUCGUCCAAUGGCUCUUGGGACCUCUCCAUCAUCGAUGAACCCACCCUUUUACGAACCUUUGAACGCGUCUAUCGUGCCUCCCUCAUACGCACAACAAAUGUAUCACCGGAUGUUCUGGUAUGUG